AUGUCACACGAGUUUUCGGCCCAGUUCACCUCUGCGCCAUAUUCGCCUGCCCCAUCGCACUUUUCGCAAUCCACCAUGGCAGACCCAAACGGCCAGCAGUCGCGACAGCAGCAGGCCGUUGCCUAUCCCUCGCCGCACUCGUACCCGUCGCCCUCGAUGCAACCCACGUACACAUACCCACCGCCCCAGGGACAGCAGAGCAACGAGCCCUAUCGAGGGUCGCCGCAGGGCGCCAACAUGUCGCUGCCUCCGCUCAACCUGCCGCCGAUACGUCUGCAGGACGGACAGCAACCGCCCCAGCAAUCCCAAUCCACACAGCAGCCCAUGGGCUCUCCACUCCCACCGCCGCAACACGCAAUGCAGCAAUACUAUCCCCACGCCGCGCAUUCGCAGCCCGGCCAGCCCAUGGGUAACAUGGGCAACAUGGGCCCGGCGCAAUUCAACGCGAUGCGAUACCAGCUACCGCCGCAGGGCGCAGACCAGCGGGUCCUCUCGGGCGGCCGCCAUAAGAAGGAGAUCAAGCGUCGCACCAAGACUGGAUGUCUGACAUGUCGCAAGAGAAGAAUAAAGUGCGACGAGGCCCACCCUAUGUGUAGGAAUUGUCAAAAGAGCAAGCGAGAGUGUCUUGGCUACGAUCCCAUCUUCAAGCAGCAGGCCGGUCCAGCCCAGAUACAACCCGCCCCCAAUUCUGUACCUGCACCGCACUCGUCGACGCCAGCACCCGCAUCUGCACCGCCAGCAGCUGCCCCAUACAGCGAGAGCCCGGUACCCCAGGGCUACGCACCUGCCUCUUCGGCAGGCUUCGCGUCUGCCGCUUCUGCAACGAGCGGUGGGCAUCAGUCAGAGAACUUCAACGCCAUUGACCCUGCGCUCGCGCAGUCAGGCCCAGGAAUGCACACCAACCCACCACCCUACAACGGCGUGCACGCAAUGGAUCCCGCAAUGAGAGGACCGCCGGGUGCCAACUCUUACCCACCACAACCGCCGCCCGAGCCCAUCAAAGGCAAGCGACUGAAUGUCGACGACAUCUAUGGCAUCUGCAACCACAGCCCGCCAGAGGUUCCCCAGCGUAGCACACCCGUACCACCUGGCCUUGACGACGACUUUACCCAGAUAUUUGUCAACGACUAUUGCCAGGGACUCGAUUUUAUGCUUCAAACCACGUGGUUUUCUACAAACAACAAUGCACUGAACAGAGUAUUCGCCGAUAGGACCCUACACGAAGAGGCUGCCUACUUCACCGAAACGAUCAAGUACAAAUCAUCCACCACUGACAUGACUGGUGUCUUCAGUCAAGAAGCACGCCUGAUAUGGCAUUUGCUGGGUAGCUGCAAACACACAUCACCGACCACCAAUGGAGCCGGCAGUUCCGCAAAUGGUUUCGCCGAAAACGACGAUAUCUCAUUGAGAGAAGUCCGAGCUCGAUUUGACAUCCUGGAGGCUCUGUUGACGAACCAAAAUAUGGAGGUGAACCCUCUGCGUCAAUUAUCGUAUCCUGCCGAUAUCCAAGAAGCCAAGAGAGCAGAGGUCGACUUCUGGCAGUCCCUGGGUGAUUUUGCCCAAUACUCCGACUCCGAGACUGCGCCGCCGGGUGCUGCAGAUCACGCUCUCGCGACAAUGCGCAACGUCUUGCACAUGCAGGAGGUGCGCGAUGCCAUUUAUUCAAUCGCAAUCGCCCGUCACUAUGGCAGUCGAUUGGGCGGUUUCCCAAAUGCAUUGCCAGCUCCAGUCAAUCAGCAUGCGGAAAGCGAUCUCAACAAGCUACUAGUUGCAAUGUCUUUCAUCAGCCACGAAAGCCGAUCAGCUACACAGCAAGUCUUGGCCCGUAUUUGUGAUAUGGCCAUGCUAUCUUGGACUGUGUCAAGAUCUUCAUAG